AUGUGGGAUCUCAGUUACCGGAUGAGGGAUCGAACUCGCGUACCCGGCGUUGCAAGAGGGCGAUUAUUUAUCAUUUCUACCAAAGCAGGAUCUCUUGGAAUUAAUCUGGUAGCUGCUAAUCGAGUGAUUAUAUUUGAUGCUUCUUGGAAUCCAUCUUAUGACAUCCAGAGUAUAUUCAGAGUUUAUCGCUUUGGACAAACUAAACCUGUCUAUGUAUAUAGGUUCUUAGCUCAGGGAACCAUGGAAGAUAAGAUUUAUGAUCGGCAAGUAACUAAGCAGUCACUGUCUUUUCGAGUUGUUGAUCAACAGCAAGUUGAACGUCAUUUUACCAUGAAUGAGCUGACUGAACUUUAUACCUUUGAGCCAGACUUGUUAGAUGACCCUAAUUCAGAAAAGAAGAAGAAAAGGGAUACUCCCAUGCUGCCAAAG